UGUCGGUGAGGUUACUAUUACGGCAAAAUGCGACGUUUACUCUGCCGGAAAAUGAUGGAGUAUGUAUGUGUAACUGAAUGAACCUGCAAAUGACAAAACAAAAUAAUAUUAUUGGAAUUCCUCGUAGUUUACUUGCGCUGUGUUUUUUUUCCUAAACUGGGAUUACAGAGAGUAAACUUUAUUGGGACGUGUUUAUAACUGCAUUGGGCUCAACGUUAUGUAAUCUAGUGUAUUAUUAAGUUUCAGCGAAAGAUAUAAGUUAUGGCUGCAACGAGUAGGACAAAAUGCAUUAAAUCUUUUGUAAGUGGCUUCUUGGUCGCGGUUCCUGUAACUGUGACUUUUCUUGAUCGUGUAGGUUGUAUUGCAAGAGUAGAAGGAUCCUCCAUGCAGCCUUCCUUGAAUCCUGAGGGGAGAACGUGUUCGGAUGUGGUAUUUUUAAAUCGUUGGAGUGUGAGGAACUACCAAGUGCAGCGUGGAGAUAUUGUGUCCCUUGUAUCUCCUAGAAACCCCGGCCAGAAAAUCAUUAAACGGGUUAUUGCUGUGGAAGGUGAUAUUGUUAAAACACUAGGAUACAGGAACCGAUACGUAAAGAUUCCCAGUGGACAUAUUUGGGUGGAAGGUGAUCAUCAUGGCCACAGCUUAGACAGCAAUUCUUUCGGACCUGUAUGUCUUGGGUUAUUGCACGCACGAGCUUCCCGAAUUGUCUGGCCUCCGAGUCGCUGGCAGAAGUUACACCCCGAAUAUGUCAAAGAUCGUAUGCCUGAAGGUGUAAUAAACGGACUGGUGGACUGAAGUUGGAAGGACGUCAGUAACAGGAACUGGCGUCAAAGUUUUAAUGCUUUAUGCGAAAAGAACUGGUAUUUUAUGUGUGUGUCACUAAAGUUAUCACGAAAUAGUACCGAAUGCUUAAAGAGGGCUGUAAUCUGCAAGGUGAACAUUGAUUCAAAAUAAGCACAGCAAUACAACUUUUCAUUUGGUUACUUUUAAUUUCAUUCUGAUUGUUCUUGGUAGUAAAGUUCUCAUUACUUUUUUGUUUAUGGAGUGCACGAGCUCCUAAGCAACAGCCAUUUUUUAAUUAACAUUGCGCAAAAAGAAUAAAUACAUGUACUCAUUUUAA